GCCUAUGGGAAGGGCGCGGGAUGGAGCGGCUGCAGAAGCUGUGGAGAGGUCGCACGAUGACUUUCGGGGUCCCCCUGUUGUUGUAUCUUGUUGGAGGAUCUUUUGGGCUCCGUGAAUUUGCUCAAAUAAGAUACGAUGUCCACAAACUACAUGGCAAGGUUGAUCCAGCUUUGAAAGAAAAAUUAAAACAGAACACAGUGACACUGGAAUCUGAAUAUGAGAAGCUGAAAAAGUCUGACUUGGAUAACUGGCAGAACAUCAGAGGACCCCGUCUGGGGGAAGACUCCAGGACUGUUCAGAAGCAGCAGCGAGAGGCUCUCCGUCUCAAGGCAGAAUGAUUGACCAAGACUACUUUGGUGCCCCCCAUCCUGCAGAAAAACCCAACAACAACAGCAACAAAACCUCAGGAUGAACUUCUAAUUUUCAAUCCGGUGUCAGGAACAGACUUGUCAUGGGGGGGGGGGGGCUGCACUGAGCAGUGUGUAACUGCGAGAUCUGCCCAAAAAGCACUGUGUUAUGUGAAGCUCUUUGUUUUUUGCGUCCAUUUGCACAGAGCUCUACAGGCUGUAGAUAUGAGCUCUCAAUUAAA